AUGUCAGACGUGGCUGGAGUCGCUUGGCAGAAGGACACCGACGUGCGCCACUGUGACUCCUGUUCUCUGGUCCUGCGGGACAACUCUGUACACUGCCUGAAGGAGGGCCUCUACUUCUUCUACGCCCACGUCACCUUCAUGAGAUACAAAGAAGAGACCGGCGCAAAAGGCCAGAAAAGGACCGUGACUCUGUGUGGCAACGCCAGGGUCGGUAAAAGUGCGAGGAAGCUGUUUGAAGGGGUCUACCCCAGUGACAGUGAGGGGUCUGUGUCUGUGGCCAAGAUUGUGAAGCUCAGAGAAGGCGACAGCGUCAGCCUGAACAUCACCACCAACUACCGCUACGAGAUAGGGAGCACAUACUGGGGGGCCUAUCAGUUCCCCUAG